CCAGGCACACAACGGUCCGGUAAUCACCUCGUUUAAAGACAGUCGCUAGUAGCUGUAGGUUGACAGAGAUUACUCAGCUGCUUCCAAAAAAAAAAAAAAAAGAAAGAAAGAAUGAUCAAGAACGGCCAUCACCACCACCAAGUGAGCCCAGCAGCCGGGAAAGACGCAGGGACGACCCCCGGCGCUGCAACCUGCAGUCCCGAGAAGAGGAGGCGAAGGAUCCGGGUGUGGUGCGAUGGCUGCUAUGACAUGGUGCAUUAUGGUCACUCCAACCAGCUGCGGCAGGCCAAGGCGAUGGGAGAUUACCUUAUUGUUGGAGUACACACAGACAGUGAGAUUGCAAAGCACAAGGGUCCACCAGUCUUCACUCAGGAAGAAAGAUACAAGAUGGUGCGGGCCAUAAAAUGGGUGGAUGAGGUCGUGGAAGGGGCCCCGUACGUCACCACCCUCGAGACCCUUGACAAGUACAACUGUGACUUCUGUGUGCACGGAGAUGAUAUAACACUAACUGUGGAUGGGAAAGAUACAUACGAAGAGGUGAAGAAGUCAGGACGGUACAGGGAGUGUAAGAGAACCCAGGGAGUUUCAACCACAGACCUGGUUGGCAGGAUGCUACUGAUGACCAAAGCACACCACAGCAACAUUGACAGUUCAGACUAUCAGCAGCACACAGACAACUUUGGAAAGAAGGGCCACAGUCCCUGGACAGGGGUGUCUCAGUUCCUGCAGACUUCUCAGAAGAUUAUCCAGUUCGCCUCUGGCCAGGAGCCUCAACCUGGAGACACCAUCAUCUAUGUGGCAGGAGCCUUUGACCUCUUCCACAUUGGCCAUGUGGACUUCCUUGAAGCAGUGCAUAAGCUUGCAGAAAAGCCAUACAUUAUAGUGGGGUUGCACUUUGAUCAGGAGGUGAAUCGCUACAAAGGGAAGAACUACCCCAUCAUGAAUGUCCACGAGAGAACGCUCAGUGUCCUGGCUUGUCGAUAUGUGUCAGAGGUGGUGAUUGGUGCACCGUUUGCAGUCACAAAAGAUUUGCUGGACCAUUUCAAGGUGGAUCUCGUUUGCCAUGGAAAGACAGAAAUAUACCCUGACAAGGAUGGAUCUGACCCUUAUGCUGAACCCAGGAGGAAAGGAAUCUUGCGUACUGUUGACAGUGGAAACAGCCUCACUACAGACGCCAUUGUGCAACGGAUAAUCAAAAACAGGUUGCUAUUUGAAGCAAGGAACCAGAAGAAAGAGGCCAAAGAGAUCGCUGUGAUCCAGGCCAUGAAACGACAAGAAGAGGAAAAGACAAAAGAAAGAGCCCAAGCUGUGCUGUAGACGUGGCACUAACGAGCUCAACCACUAUGAAGUCAUGUACAGUAGAGUGAACCCUUUUCUAAGUGUUAUGACAUCCUCCACACAUGAUCCUCGCUAACAACAGCAGUCUUUACAGCAGCCUGUUGUUUAACCAGGGCGGCGUACUCUGCUGUAGGGUCAUCAGGUAUACUGUUCUAUGUGUGUGGGGGAGGUGUUUUAAUAUACUCUGCAUAUGCAACUACAUGUUCAUGUCAGUCAGCAACCACACAUACAGGUGUAUGUGUCAGAUAUAUAAUAGGUUGGAACAAGGAAGAUGUCACUAUAUCUUUAAAUGUCUAUUUUAUGUCUUAGGAUAUUUUUAAUUCCUCAAGUUUAUUUUUUUGCCUUCAAAAAUUUUUUAAAUUUUAUCAUGGACUUCGGGCAUAUGAAGUAAAGGGGCUUGAGAUAAUGGUCAGGCAUUUAAUUAUAUAACAUGGAAGUGAUUUGAUUUAUCAUUUCUGUGGGGCGGCUGCUGCAUCCUGCCCAUCAGUGCACUUAGCCCCACAACUAAUCUCUCUUUGUAUGUACUGUACUAUGUAUUAUAAAGUGACUGCAAGCUCAGUGGAGGAUACUGAAAUCACUUUUAUAUAUAUAUAUAUAUGUGUGUAUGAGUGGUUUCAGUAUAUAUAUAUAAACCAGAUCAUACCAGAUCCUCCACCAGACUGCACUGACUGCUCAGAAAUCAUCAGAACUGUUCUGUUUUAACAAUAGAGUUGUUUUUAAACUCAAAAAUGCACACUGUCAAGACCUGAAGGUCUGGCCUUUUGAGUGCAAUAGUGUUCUUUUUGUUGUUUUUUGUUUUUUGUUUUUUUUUUCUCAACCCAACACUCCUUAGAUUUAUCCUAGUAUAAAGAUAAUGACUAUUUUAACCUUUAGCUUUCAUAGUAUAACUAGAGAACUAUGACAGGUACUCAUUAUUGUUGACUUGAUUAUGAAGUAGACCUCUUACUGUCACUUGAGUCUCUAUCAAAUGGGAUUAAAUAAUAUAUUUUUUGUAGAUGUAUAUUUUACUCACCUGCUCUCCAUUAACUACUGUAUAGAUGAUUUCAUAUUGUUUCAAAAGCAUAUUAAUAUGUCUGUAUGUCAAGUUGGAAUGUAUUCAUUGUAGGCUAUAAUCUGUAUGUUAUUGACAACUCCCAGUUGACAUAUACUGUAGAAACUGAUUGGACUACAGUAUAUUAUUGCUGAUGAUAAUAACAAUUUAUUCUGAAAA